AUGAUCAAACACUGGAGUGUCACCUCAUUCUUGGCACUAGCACUGCUAUGGUGCUUCACUGGGACAAAGGUUGAAGCUUGGAAGCCAUCUUCUGGACAGAAUCUACCAGAUCCGCCCUUCCUUCACCGUUAUGACCCACUACGACCGCCUUAUCAAAAUCCAUUACCGAAGCCUUCACCCCCCAAGCCAUCUGCGAGCCUACCUCCCCCAAAACCGAACAAUCCUUCACACCCCGGACCACCUUAUUCCCCUGACCAUGUCUUCCCACCUUACGUACCCGCAGGGUCAAAUUUCCAUCGUCAAAACUUUCAAAAUCCAAAUGUCCUACUACCAUGGCAUUUUCUCCCAUCUCCUCCAUUGCAAAAUCCUCCACCACCACAAAAGCCUUUUGGAGAGCAACAUAAUCCACUAGCGACGGGACCAUAUGUUUUCCUGAAACCACCCUAUGACCCUCUGUCACAGAAUCCAAAGUUCUCACAGCUGCCACUAUUGAAGUAUCCUUCAUUAUCGCACCAACCUGUGGACUCUCCAUCGGAGAAGCCUUCAAACCUCGUAGUGCAUCACCCUUUACCAUACAACCCACCGGUUCCUGUUUAUCCACCUUCAAACCUGCCAAAGCCACCAAACUCCAAACCAAAAACGGAGCAGCAAAGAGUACCGUUUCUUUACUACGAUGUCUUACCACCUUUGCAGAAUCCAUUAUUGCCGGGAACACCCGUGGUCCCAGUUCAUCAGGAACCCAGUGAUCCUUUGCUCCACCAAAAGGCUGUGGACCAACUACCAAACAAUCCUUCAUUACCCAGACCACCUUUAGUUCCAGUUCAUCCGCUACCCAUUUAUCCCGUACCCAAUAAUCCUUCAUUCCCUCAACUGCCUGUGGGCCCUCCUUAUUUUGAUAAAAAAGGAAAAACCCCAUUACCUCGAGGAUAUUCAGAUGAUGAUUAUUCCCAGGAACCUCAGCCAAAGGAACCUUGGAAACAGACAUCGGUCCCUUACCCGCCCAGUGUGAAAGACCCUAAUUUCCACAACUGUGACGUGAUAGGAGUCCAAAGAAUCCCAUGUGGAAGUUCUGAUAUUUCUGUCGCUGCAUGUGAAGCCAUUAGCUGUUGCUACGAUGGAGACAAUUGCUACUUUGGGAAAAGUGUGACUGUCCAGUGCACUAAAGAUGCUCAGUUCAUUUUGGUAGCAGCCAGAGAUGCCACUCUACCCAACAUAGACAUCGAGACUAUUUCACUGUUGGCAGGUGGUCCUGGAUGUACACAAGUUGACUCCAAUUCUGGUUUUUCUAUAUAUCAGUUUCCCGUGACUGCCUGUGGUUCCAUCGUUAUGGAGGAGGCUGGUAAAAUAACCUAUGAGAAUAGGAUGACCUCCUCAUAUGAAGUUGCAGUGGGGCUCCAGGGUGCCAUAACCAGGGACAGCAGCUUUGAUUUACUCUUCCAGUGUAGAUACACAGACACUUCGGUUGAGACGUUUGUUGCAGAAAUUCUACCAUUGCAGAGUCCUCCUUUAUCAGUGGCUGCUCUGGGUCCCAUUAAUGUACAGCUGAGGUUGGGUAAUGGACAAUGCCUUUCGAAGGGUUGUAAUGAAGUGGAGGUGGCUUAUAGCUCUUUCUAUACGGAUGCCGACUAUCCUAUCAGAAAAAUCUUAAGGGACAACGUGUACGUGGAGGUUCAACUCAUGGACAGGACUGAUCACAAUCUCGUCCUCAGCCUCGGUCGCUGUUGGACCACCACCAGUGCCAAUCCUCACACAAUCCCUCAGUGGGACAUUCUAAUCAACGGGUGUCCAAACAUUGAUGAUCGCUACACAUCUAUGCUGGUUCCUGUUGGUCCUGGCUCUGGUGUAGAGUUCCCAAGUCACCACAGGCGCUUCAUUUUCAGAAUGUUUACCUUCGUAGAUCCGAGCUCACUAAUGCCCCAGAGUGAACACGUGUACAUUCACUGUAGCACAUCUCUAUGCAACGCAGCUUCUGGCCAUUCUUGUGAGCCCAUAUGCUUCAGGAGAAAGAGAGAUGUAACGUCUGUGGCCCAGACAAAGGAGGAAUCAAGGAUUGUGGUCUCUGCUGGACCUCUGGUCAUGUCCACACCCUAA